AUGGAGAUCCUCGAGCUCAACGGCAACGGCUUCUCAAGCUCCAUCCCCCCUGCGCUCUUUACCCUCACCAAAGUCACCAUCCUGGGCAUGAGGAGUAACGCGCUCACAGGCAGCAUCCCAGCCAGCAUUGGCUCCCUUGCAUCGAUCCUCGUCCGCGAUCUGAGUGGGAACUCGCUCACGGGCACCGUGCCAGCGGUCAUGGGCAAGCUAGCCAAGCUUGACGAGAUCAAUGUGAACUCCACGGGCCCAACCAAGGUGCUGUGUGCGGCAGCGGGGGUGUGUGUGGUCAAUCAGGUCGCCACCUCUGCCUUCUGCAAGAAGUGCACCACCUUCUGCAAAGUCUGCACGCCCCCUGGAAAGAACACUAACCCCGCCGCGGGCCUACCCCUGCUACUGCGCCCCCCCCCUGCUACUGCGCCUCCCCCUGCCACGUCGCCUCCCCCUGCACUGCCCCCUGUUGUAUCUCCUGCACCAACUCCUGCAGCUCCAGUCAUUCCUCCUGCUGCUUCUCCCUCCCCAACUCCUGCCCCUGUUUCUGCCGCUCCCACUCCUGCCCCCGUUUCUGCCACCCCCACUCCUGCACCCACCUCGCCCCCUGUCAUCGCUCCUGUUCCUGCUCCGACCGCCGCUCCCCCAGUCGCAUCUCCCCCCGCGCCUGCUCCUUCCCCCACCACAGCUGCACCACCGCCUGCUCCUCUCACAGCUUCCCCUUCCCCCCCCACAGCUUCCCCUUCCCUCCCCACUGCUUCCCCUUCCCCCCCCACUGCUUCCCCUUCCCCCCCCACUGCUUCCCCACCUCCUCCUGCUGCACCUGGCGCACCUGCCUCCCCGUGCUGGAGCUAUUUAUGGCAUUGGCUUCGGCACGCUGCUGGCCUCCCUGGUGUCAGCAAUGGCGCUAUGCUGCCAAGCCAGGCCGAUGGGGGACCGCAGCUUUCUGCUCAUUCCGACCACGUCUUUAAGUUGCUUCUCGUCGGCGACUCGGGCGUGGGGAAGAGCUGUCUGUUGCUGCGAUUCACCUCAGACACAUAUGACGACAUGUCGCCCACUAUAGGAGUGGACUUCAAGAUCAAAUCCGUGAUUGUCAACGGCAAGCGGGUGAACCUCACCAUCUGGGAUACAGCUGGGCAGGAGCGCUUUCGAACGCUCACCAGCUCCUACUACCGGGGGGCUUCGGGAAUCAUUCUAGUGUACGAUGUGACGCGCAGGGAGACGCUAACGAGUGUGGUGGACGGGUGGAUGGAAGAGGUGCAGCGCUACUCCACACUGCCUGGCUGUGCGCUUAUGCUCGUGGGCAACAAGGCCGACAGGGAAGCGGAUCGCGAGGUGGGCAAGGAGGUGGGGGCGGAGCUGGCUCGCUCCUGGGGCUGCCUGUUCCUCGAGUGCUCCGCUAAGACACGCCACAACGUGCAGCAGUGCUUCUCCGAACUUGUGCACAAGAUAAUGGAAACGAGCACCUUGGUCGACCCAAGCUCGGCAGCACAUGCGGAUCUGCCCAGGAUCCUGCAACCAAGACAAGGGGAGAGUGGCGGUGGCACAGGCUCAUGUGCUUGUUGA